AUGCCGGCUCGUCCAGGUUUAAAACGCCUGCGAUUGAAAGGCAAGUAUGUCGCAAUACACUUUCAAUCCCUCAGCAUAACCUUCUGGCCAUCAUCCACCAUUCUCUCCCCGCAACAACAAGUCACAGUCUUAUACAUGCCUCUCGAUAUCAUUCCCGCAGAUCCUAAGAUCAUUUCUCGAAUGUAUCAGAGCGGUCAACCAAUUGUCCUGUAUGAGUGUCAAUUGCAGGGGAACUCUUGUGGUUUGCAUGUGGAAGGGACAACCAGUGCAAUGUCUGCCCAUCUGCGAACAUUUCACAGCAUCACCGGUCAGGACAGCACCAGUGCAAUUUGUACGUGGGGUGGCUGUUCCAAGACGCUCAAGAAGGGAAGCAUGGCAAGACACCUCCUUACUCACCUUGGUGUCAAGAGCCAUGCCAUCUUGCAAUCGCCAAUGCUGUCCAUGGACCCGAAGGAUGUAGCCUUGCCCCUAUGGGUUGGGCUGCUUCCCAACAGGGCUGAUCCCUGUGGUGUUAUAAAUGAUAACAAAUCCCUAUGGAAUGAUACCCUUGUACCCAAGACAUUUUGA